CGGCCUCGCUCGGAGGCCCUUCAGAUCGCUCCAAGACGGACCACGAGGCUCCGAAGAGGGCCCCAAGACGGCCCAGGAGGCUUCCGUAGCCAUUUUGGCUCAAGCCAUUUUAGAUCAAACCUUUAUCCUCGAGCUUUCUCGGUGCGCCAAUUUUCAUACACCCAAAGCCAACUCGUGCCCCAGUGUUAGAGGCCAACAUGAUUCGUUCCACGGUUUUCACGCGCGCUGGCCGUACCGGCUUCCGCUUGCCAUGGUCACACGCUUUGGGAGUCAGUUGCACCGCCUCUAACGCCCGUCCAUGGAGGGGCCAGCACAGCACGAGUCCGCCCUGUCAACCGUUCUGCCGCGAUGUGGGGAUAUCCAGUCAAACGGAAACGUCCCCUUCCCCUACAUAUACAGGCAUCAAAGGUGUUGUCGUCCAUGCGGAGAAGGGUUUCAGGGGCGUGCUCCAGAAUGCGAAAGGCCCAGUUCUCGACGUAGGUUGUGGAAGCGGUUACAAGACUGUGCGGUUGGAGGGGUACAUACCUGAGGGCGUGGAGCUCCAUGGGGUUGACACGAACCCAUUGUACGGGACGAUGUGGGAGUCUCUCGACACGCGCGCGAAGUUCCACUUGGUGAAAGUCGGCGAGGCGCUUCCCUUCGUGGACUGCAACUUCGACAUCGUGAUCAUGUCCCUCAUGUUGCACCACAUCCCGUUGCAGGUCGCCGAGGCUUUCCUUUCCGAGCUAUCCCGGGUUUUGUGCGUCGGCGGCAAGCUGGUCAUCGAGGAGCAGAUCUGCAAGGGCACCAUGCAAGAUGUUAUGGAGCCGCUUUGGGAUGAGUCGCAAGGUUGUCUGGAGGCGUACCUCUCCGCACAAGCGUUCUUGCCAAAGCUCGGCUUCACGUUGCAUCAGCAGGAGCUUUUCUCAGAAGAGUAUCGGUACCACACGGGCCAGGGAGUCGUCGACGACAUCAUGGAUUGCAACCCGCAGCUCUGGGAUCUACCCGACCUUGGAGAGCGCGCGCGCAAGGUCCGCCACGUCUUCGAGCGCGUCAAGGAGCCCUACAACUCGAACGGCUUCCCUUACGUCCUGCGCAUGCCCACCCGCUUCGAGGUCUGGUCUAAGAGCUCCGCCGCGCCCGCGCCCCUCCACCAGCUGAGGCUGCAGGGGCUUGCGGGCCGUCCCGCGGUCGCGCUGCAGAAGCGCAUGUUCACGCCCGGCAGCGAGCAUCUCUCCCCCGAGAUAGCGCCCCCGAGGCCGCCAUUCCCCCUCUGCAUGGAAGUCUGCCCCGGCGCAGAAGCCGAGUUGAAGGAGCACGGGGCGGAGAUGUGGAAAUUGUUGGACUCACGCCUGCACGAGGUCGGCGCGGUCCUCUUCCAGGGGCUCCCCCUGAGUGGCACCAAGGACUUCGACGAGCUCAUCGGCAGCCUGGGUUGGGAGCUAUUUGGGGAGUAUAAGGGCGGGACUGCGAUCAGGAACAUAUCGUCGGAAGCUUCCAUGGAGGCAAGCGCGGAGCCUUUCAAUUUCACGAUCGAGCCGCACCAGGAGCUUUCGUACAGCAGCGCGUUCCCUGCCAAAUUCGCCUUAUAUUGCGAGCGAGAGGCCAGCCUCAAUUCUGGGUGCGAGACGGUCAUCACUGAUUUCCGGCAGGUCACAGACAAGUUGGACAAAGCUUUCUUCCACGGUGCGAAGGCAAUGGGCUUUAAAUACGCACUACGCAUGAGUUGCGAAAGGACUAACCCUGCUGCGCACUACCCUUUCUUCUGGCAGAGGCAAAUCUACGACUCCAAAGAGGCGACCGAGAUGUGGUUGAACAGGAAGGGCUACACGUGGUCCUGGGAGGCCGACGGCACCCUCGUCAUGGAGAUUGUGCUCCCCAGCGUGAGAACGCACCCAAUCACAGGCGAGGACAUUUUUUUCGCACAGCCCCACUGCUUCAGCGCAUCGUACAGUGUGGCGCACCCUAUCCUCAUGCUGGACUUUGUCAAUGAGUGGAGCAGGGCCCCGGACGAUCUGCCGUUUCGCAUCUCGUACGGUGACGGGUCGGCCGUGAGCGAUGAGACUAUCAACCACGUGAGGAAGACGAUCUACGAUUGUAGCGUCGCCUUCGCCAUGCGGAGCGGAGACCUGCUGAUGCUGGACAACAUGCUCGCGGGACACGGCAGGAUGAGCGGCAAGACGGGGAGCGGCAGGAAAAUGAUGUCCGCUAUGUUGCAGCCGAUGGGGAGCGAGUGAGCUUGCAGGGGCACUGCGCGAGCGCGCUGAAUAGCGAAUUCGAAAUUAUGCAUUGGGCGCGAUGCCCGAUGCCAACAUACCAGCAUUUGUCGAGUCUGGUCACAGCGCUCAAUAUGUUGUCGGUUGUGUACAGAGGUCCUCCAUCGCACGCCGAAAACCCGACAAUGAAAUCAGCAUAUAUAUAUAUAUAUAUAUAUAUAUAUAUAUCUAUAGAAAUGCAUCUACGCGUUACUUUGCGUCUCUCAGCAGCUUUAGAGUUCGAUCUCGUGCACGGAAUGCAAGCGCAGUGUCGAAACGUUUGAAUUGUCCAACAUACAGCCCAACAGGCUGUUAUUCCGCUUCCGCAUCGAUUGAAAAGAAAAUGAAGCUCUUCGGAGAUAGCGUGCGCCUCAGUCCUCCUUCAAUCUCCACUUUCCCCCGACCUUAUAUGCCAGGCUACGCAAAUGAAGCGAAGUCGUCUCACCUGGCUGCUUGUGCCAAAGCAUGUUGCCAGCCGUGCAAAUGGGUGCUUCGUGGUUUUGUCGAGACCGCUUUUCGCGACAAGUGCGGCGGCGCCUCACGUAGCUGAUCGUGCCAGAGCAUGCUUUCGACCAUGUGCUAAACAA